AUGGGUAUUCUGCGGCUUAGGGUUGAUGGUCAAACAUUCAGAGAUCCGGAGAAUCGUGAGAUAACCCUAAGAGGUAUCAACGUGGCUGGUGAAGCCAAGUAUCCGAAGAACCCCGACACUCCGUCCCAUGUGCCGGACGGCUUCUUUGAUGCCGACAAUGUGUCAUUCGUUGGCCGACCCUUUCCUCUUGAGGAUGCAGAUACACACUUCUCCAGGUUACGGCAUUGGGGAUACAAUACUAUAAGAUAUGUUUUCACGUGGGAGGCCAUCGAGCAUGCAGGCCCAGGGAAAUACGAUGAUGAGUGGAUAGCGUUCACCAUCGAGAUCCUCCGGAUUGCGAAGAAAUAUGACUUUUAUAUCUUUCUUGAUCCGCAUCAGGACGUGUGGUCCAGACUUUCAGGAGGAUCCGGUGCCCCAGCAUGGACACUAUAUGCCGCAGGCCUCAAUCCUAGGGGCUUCAGAAAAACCGAAGCGGCGCUAGUUCAUAAUACAUUUGAAGAUCCAGCGGAAUUUCCAAAGAUGAUAUGGAGCACCAAUUACACGAGGCUUGUCUGUCAGACGAUGUUCACCUUGUUCUGGGGAGGACGGGAUUUCGCUCCCAAGGCCAUCAUAGACGGCGUGAAUAUCCAGGACUAUCUCCAAAAUCACUUCAUUGCUGCAUGCAAGUAUUUUGCUGAAAAGAUACACGAGGCUGGCGAUAUCGAGAACGAUGUGGUCAUUGGGUGGGAGAGCAUGAACGAGCCUAAUAGAGGGUUGAUUGGUGUGCAGGACAUAUCCGUCAUACCACCUGAACAACAACUUCAAUUAGGGACGUCACCGACUCCUUUUCAAGCCAUGUUGACUGGCUCUGGACGAGCAUGUGAGGAGACUACCUGGGCGUUUGGUGGUUUUGGCCCCUACCAAACCGGUCGAGAGCUUGUAGAUCCUGAGGGCGAGUCUGCAUGGUUGCCAGCGAAUUAUGACGAUACCAAGUAUGGCUGGGUCAGAGAUCCUAGCUGGAAGCUUGGUGAAUGUCUUUGGGCUCAACAUGGAGUCUGGGACCCAGCCUCAGAUGAACUGCUGAAGAAAGAGUAUUUCGCCAAACAUCCCAAGACCGGCGAACCCUUGAACUAUGAGAAGUUCACCAACACUUAUUUCAUGGAGCACUAUCGAGCUUUUCGAGGUGCUUUAAGGGGCGUUUGGCCGGAAGCUAUCCUAUUCUGCCAGCCUCCUGUCAUGGAGGUUCCUCCCGUGAUGAAGGGAACUGCUGAUGAUGAUCCAAAUAUGGUUCAUGCCGUGCAUUACUAUGAUGGCAUUACUCUCUUGACGAAACACUGGAAUCGCCUAUAUAAUGUUGAUGUGAUCGGCGUCCUUCGCGGAAAAUACCUCACACCUGCGUUCGCUGUCAAAAUCGGGGAGAAUGCGAUCAGGAAUUGCCUGCGCGACCAGCUCAAGUAUCUGCGGGAUGAGAGCCUUAGAUACAUGGGAACGCACCCCUUGAUAUUCACAGAGAUUGGCAUCCCGUUCGACAUGGACGGCAAACAUGCUUACAAGACUGGCGACUACAGUGGUCAAGUCAGUGCGAUGGAUGCGAAUCAUUUCGCAAUCGAAGGAAGUACGGCCAAUGGUUUUACAUUGUGGUUAUAUACAACAUCCAACAACCAUGAAUGGGGCGAUAAGUGGAAUGGAGAAGAUCUGUCGAUAUAUUCACUCGAUGAUCUUCAAUUGCCAAGCAGAAAGCAAUUGGUCCUUGACAACGGCACUCAGGGCGACCCUCAGUCGCCAGCAUUCUCUGAAAGUCGAAGCAAUACUGAAGAAUUCCCAAUCGGUCCACGAGACCUCAAGCAGGCCAUUCAAGCACCUUCUAUAUCGUCUGAAAUUUCUCAGUCGUCUCAGGAGAAACUGGGAUACCGAGCUGCAGAGGCAUGGAUCCGUCCAAGCCCUAUCCUCACCAACGGCCAAAUUCUCAAAUAUGGUUUCGAUUUCAAGGGCUGCAUAUUUACUAUGAGGCUACUCGGAAACGAGAAAGAGGCAGAACAAGCAGCACCAACAGAAAUCUAUCUUCCAGAUUUCCACUUCCCAGACAACAACACCGUGGUCUCUGUCAGUAGUGGGGAGUGGACGAUUGAUCAGGCGGAGUACAACUCGGUCAAAGUCCAGCGCCUGCGGUGGUGGCACUCUGAUGGGGAUCUCAGCAUCAAGAUCGAGGGGCUUAAACGCAAACCAGGCGACUCUUUGGUCUCAGGGGAAGAAUUGUCCUAUCUCGAGCAAUGCCAGAAGGGGGGAUGCGCAAUUAUGUAG